AUGUUGGUGAACUCGCUACGUCAUUUGACCAGAUCUUCACUCAGGAUAAGGUCAGUUGGCUUGUUACCACAACUGAAGUGUCAGUUUUCAACUUUCAGUCGCUCAAACUUUCGUCAAUCACUCCUCCUAUAUUCGAAAGGCUCUAAAAAUAAGGAACCGGAAAAUGAUGGAAAAGACAAAGAGAAAAAGCGAGAUGAAGAUGAGGAGGAGGAUCCCGAUUUAAAGAAGUUUAGAGAAAAGUUUCAAAAAGAGCAUCCCGAUGUUGAUCCAUCUAACAUAAAAAUGAAAAUUGUUAAAAUUGAUCAAUUUAAGAUUGGUAGAUUUCUUUUAACAACUGGUCUAUUAGCGGUUGCGCUUAUGAUGUUAUCUUCUGACCAACCAGCAUAUGAUCGAUUAUCGUUCCAGGACUUCGUAACCAAUUAUUUAGAAAGAGGAUUAGUUACGAAAAUUUCAGUCGUUAAUAAAUUUGGUGUUGAAGCCGAGUUAGUGCCAGGCGCGGUCAGCUCACAGACAGCUCAUGGCCCUCAUGGCAAUCCAAUAGUCCAUUUCACCAUUGGAUCUAUAGAAUAUUUUGAGGAUGAAAUGAAUAAGAUCCAAGACCGUUUGAAUAUUCCUUUAAAUGAAAGAUUACCUAUACUGUACGAAGAGAGAGGUUCGUGGAUGUCGUACAUUAUGCCAAUCCUUCCUACUGUUUUAUUGAUUGGAGGGUUGUGGUACAUAACUAUGAAGAGGGGCCCUGCCGGCAUGGGAGGUCCAGGGGGACCAGGUGGUGGUCUUUUCAAAAUAGGAAAAUCCAAAGCAAGAUUAUUCAAUCAAGAAAAUGAAGUUAAAAUCAAAUUCAAGGACGUUGCAGGCUGUGAGGAAUCAAAAGAAGAAAUUAUGGAGUUUGUUAAGUUCCUUCAAGAUCCCCAAAAAUAUGAAAAAUUAGGUGCAAAAAUCCCUAGAGGUGCUAUUUUAUCAGGUCCCCCAGGUACUGGUAAAACUCUUUUGGCCAAAGCAACAGCUGGUGAAGCUGGCGUUCCUUUUUUGAGUGUCUCUGGUUCUGAAUUUGUAGAAAUGUUUGUCGGGGUUGGUGCGUCCCGUGUGCGUGAUUUGUUCAAAACUGCUCGUGAAAUGGCACCGUCAAUCAUAUUCGUGGAUGAAAUUGAUGCCAUUGGUAAAGAAAGAGGUAAUGGAAGAAUGGGAGGAAAUGAUGAGCGUGAAAAUACGUUAAAUCAAUUGUUAGUUGAGAUGGAUGGUUUUGAUUCGAGUGAUCAUGUCGUUGUAUUGGCAGGUACUAACCGUCCUGAUAUCCUUGAUAAAGCUUUGCUUAGACCUGGAAGAUUUGAUAGGCAUAUCUCAAUAGAUGUUCCAGAUGUUGAGGGACGUAAAGCUAUCUUCAAGGUACAUUUGGCAAGAUUAAAGUUAAAAUCUAUUGAACAUAUUCGUAGCAAUAAUAAAGACGUUGACUAUACGAAAUAUCAAGAAUUGAAAGAUGCAGAGAUCGAAAACUUGGCUGGUCGUUUAGCAGCUUUAACUCCUGGAUUCGCGGGUGCUGACAUUGCAAACUGUUGCAACGAGGGUGCUUUAAUUGCAGCAAGAGAAGAUGCCGAGUCUGUAGACAUUCAUCAUUUUGAACAAGCAAUUGAAAGAGUCGUCGCCGGAUUAGAACGAAAAUCCCGUGUCCUUUCUCCACAGGAGAAGAAAACAGUUUCCUACCACGAGGCAGGGCACGCUAUCUGUGGAUGGUUCUUGAAGUAUGCAGACCCGCUAGUUAAAGUCUCAAUUAUUCCUCGUGGCCAAGGCGCUUUGGGUUAUGCUCAGUAUUUGCCUGAUGACCAGUAUCUAAUUUCGCAAGAGCAAUUCAGGCAUAGGAUGAUUAUGGCUUUAGGUGGAAGAGUCAGCGAAGAAUUGCAUUUCGAUACAGUCACAAGUGGAGCCCUGGAUGAUUUUAAGAAAGUUACACAGAUGGCCCAACAAAUGAUUUUGAAACUAGGAAUGUCACCAAAGUUGGGUCAAAUCUGUUAUGAUACUGGCGAUGCUUCAGGAGGAUUCAAAGUGCAUAAAAAUUAUUCUGAGACAACAGCUACAAUGAUUGACAAUGAAGUUAAGAGAUUAAUUGAUGAAGCAUAUAAGGAGUGUCAUAAGUUGUUGACCGAAAAGCUUCCACUUGUUGACAAGGUGGCAAAAGAAUUAUUUGCAAAGGAAGUCCUUACUCGCGAGGAUAUGAUUAAGCUUUGUGGCCCAAGGCCAUUUGAAGAAAGAAACGAUGCAUUUGAUAAGUACCUCAAAGGUAGAGAUGCCUUUAAAGGCAAACCUAGUACUCCGGGCGGUGCACCUUCAUCGUAG